CUAGGUGCGAAGCGCCACGCCGUGCGGUUUCACGCGCCAGUUCGCUGCUGUUCGUCGCCACUACAUGCGCUCAGUACCACAUGGUGCAGAGGGAUGGCGGUGCAGGACGAGAAGCUGGUGGCGGCGCCGGCCUUCUCCAUUGAGCGGCUGCUGUCUGCGCCCCCGCCCGCCCCCGCACAAACCCGCCACGCCAACACGCCGUCGCCUCACGCCCACGCCGCCACAGCAGUGGGCGGCAGUGGCGAUGGUGGAGGAACUGGCAACAACAGCAGCGGCAGCGGCAGCAGCAGCAGCAGUCGCGAGCGGAAGAAGCGGCCCCGCACGGCGUUCUCGGCGCAGCAGAUCAAGGCGCUGGAGGCGGAGUUCGAGGCGAACAAGUACCUCUCCACCGCCAAGAGGCAGGCGCUCAGCAGGGACCUCGGCCUCACCGAGACGCAAAUAAAAAUCUGGUUCCAGAACCGGAGGACCAAGUGGAAGAGGAAAUACACAAACGAGCUGGAGCUGGUGGCUCAACAGUAUUACAGCUCGCUUGGCAUCAUGGCGCCCAGGCCCAUCUUCGUGGGAGAUCGUCUCUGGCUUUUCAACUGGUGUGGGGGUGCGCCAGUGCCCACGCCUGCGACGCUACCACCACCACCGCCGCCGCCGCCACCGCCGCCGCCUCCGCCACCCCCGCCGCCCACACAUGGCUUUCCGCCGCUGCUGCACCCGGCACACUUCGGCGCCGCGCAACACGGCUCAGCGCAGAUCACCUUCUAGCAGCCUCUUCACACUCUUUUUUACGUAUCACUGUAGAAUUAGAAAUAAAUUCGUGUACCAGCGAGAGACAGAUUUUGUAAAUAGUUACCCACUCCUUGUCUGUGGCAGAUGAUUCAUCUUCAGUAGUAG